AUGCAGGCUUGUGACCGCUGCUACCGACGCAAGUGCAAGUGUGACAAAGCGGUCCCCACCUGUGGGCAGUGCCAGAAAGCUCGCACAGCCUGCCUCUAUGUCAAUCGGUCCCAGGAGCCGACCGUCCGCCGCGAGGCCGUCGAACGUAUUGAGCGGCGACUGCGGCAGGCUGAAGCGCGGAAUCGUGCCCUUUCUUCUCAACUCGCGACAUACCAAUCUUUGCCGCACAACAGCAUUCACCAGGAGCGCCGUGAGAAUCCUCCGCCAUCAGUCCUCAGUCCAAACUUCCCCUUUGACCGUAAUGAGGUCGCCGACGAAGUAUCGUUCCUUUCGCGACAUGCGGGAGGCGAGCGCAGCUAUUCCAAUAUCGCUAGCGACAUAUUGUUUGCGCAUCUCGUCCAGGGGGUGGCAUCGUUGAAUUCAUCUAGCCGCCAUGAGCAUUCCACAAAUCGAGCAUCCCCGCGGCCAGUUACUCCAACAACCCGGUCACUACGUAUAUCGUCAGAAUCAUUACCCCCUGAGAAGGUCGCCCGACAAUUACACCAGGCAUACUUCAAUCACCACCAUCUCUGCUACCCAUUUCUAAAUCAUCUCUCCGUGAUGGCAAACCUUGAUCGCAUCUAUACCGACGGCAUAGUGUUAGAAGCCGAUGCCGUGGUCGCAUUUCAGUUCUACAUGGUGCUUGCAAUUGCGAUGACAAGUGCACACAAGUGUGAUUGGCAAUCAUUGCCCGAAAGCGAGAAGUUUCAAGCACAAGCGAUGACGCGUGUGAAUGAAGUCCUGCAGCGCGCCGAUAUUCACGCUUUGCAGGCCCUGCUCCUGCUAUGCCAAUAUCGCAUGACCAGUUCAACCCAAGAGACGUCAGCUAGUCUCUGGCAUAUGGUUGGAUUCGCUGCCCGCAUGUGUUCCGAACAGGGCCUGCAUCGUAAUGAAACGUAUUACAAACCGAGUGGCCUCCCGGACAAUGAAGAUCUCCUGGCUGCGAGUGAAACUCGCCGACGAUGCUUCUGGUGUGUCGUUAAUAUGGAUCGGAUAGUAAGCAUCACCCUAGGCCGGCCCUUGGCUAUUCAUCUUGAAGAUGUUGAUACUGCUCUUCCCGAGCCUAUCAUUGAGUCGAGCGAUUCGAAUCUGUGGAACAAAGAUUUACCAUUUCCAACGGCAAUAUUCAAUCACAUCACGCGAUAUAGGAUAUUAAGUGGCAAGGUGAUGACCUCGCUGCACAGCAACCGUGCUGAUGCACGCGAUGAAGCCUCCGCGGCAACGGCCCGGGUGGCGUUAAUAGAAGAGCUCGAGCAGUGGCGAAAUGAGAGCGAAAAUCUACGCUUGCACCCCGAAAGCCGCGAGAAUACCCGGCGCUCCUGUUUUCUGUCCCCGGAAUGGUACGAAUUGUUAUACUAUAAUGCGCUGUUAAUGCUAAAUCGACCGUCACCUGUCUUGCCCUCGAUAUCAGCACGUUCGCUAGCCACUCUCCAAUCUAUCUUUGACGCAUCCCGAGAGGCGAUUGCACGAUAUGCCCUACUCCACACUUCCCAGCGCAUAAAUUACACGUGGAUCACUCUCCACGCUGUCUUCAUGGCCGGGCUGUCCUACAUCUAUGCCGUGGGUCGACACUAUCGGGCUCGCCAGGUGAAUACGCGCGCACCUUUGGAAAGAAGCACUCUUUCUACUGAUCCGGCUAUUAUUGAAGUGGUCAAUACCUGUCGUUCCUGUUCAAUAGUGCUUGUGGCUGUGUCCGAGCGAUGGGCUACACCACGCUAUUGUCACCAGGUUUUUGAUCGGCUCAGCGAUGCGGUGCUUGCUGAUGUUAUCGCCUACUUUACACAGUUAACCACAUCUUCGACGUCGAUAAAUGACUCCGGGAUGCCUCGUAACUCGAUGCUAGCACCGCAACCAGAUCUAAAUGCUCCGUUAUCCUCCGGUAGCGGUGCCACAUUACCGCCCAUGACCACAGCCACCUCCGUCCCUCUGGGCGUUGACACAGUGUUGCGAGACUGCUUCGAAGAUCUUCAGCAUUUUCACGAUACAUAUAGCGGUGACGGUCCGAUCCGACAGCUUUCUCAAGAUUGGCUGCAAGAGAUUGGGGGUAUGACUUUUCACGCAGUGCAAUCAUGGGGGAAUAAUGACUAG